CCACCCUUCGCUCAACCCGCUCCAGUAGUAACGUUACACCGGCCGGGAUUAGCUGGUUAGCCGAAACAAGUGUCUAAAAUCGCCCUGUCCUUAAAAUGUCUCACCCAGUACCGUCCGAAAAGCCUUCAAACCCCGCAAACCCUCGCGUCUUCCUCGACGUAGACAUUGAUGGAGAAAAAGCCGGCCGGAUAGUCCUGGAGCUGUUCGCCGACAUCACCCCCAAGACUGCGGAGAACUUCCGGGCGCUGUGCACCGGGGAGAAAGGGCUCGGCAAAUCCACCGGGAAGCCUCUGCACUUCAAAGGAUGCCCGUUCCACAGAAUCAUCAAGAAGUUCAUGAUCCAAGGAGGGGACUUCUCCAACCACAAUGGCACCGGGGGUGAGAGCAUCUAUGGGGAGAAGUUCGAGGAUGAAAACUUCCACUACAAGCACGACAAAACGGGUCUGCUGAGCAUGGCCAACGCCGGGCCGGACACCAACGGCUCGCAGUUCUUCCUCACUACCGUCCCCACCCCGCACUUGGAUGGCAAGCAUGUGGUCUUUGGCCAAGUGCUGAAUGGGAUCGGAGUCAUUAAAAUGCUGGAGUCCCUUGAAACCAAUGAGGACGCUCCUGUAAAGCCCUGCGUGAUAGCGGACUGUGGGAGCUACACAGAGGAGGACGGCUUGGGCUACGGGCCGAAUGAUGGAACCGGAGACGUCCACCCAGACUUCCCCGAGGACUCUGACCUCGACUUAAAAGAUGUUGACAAGGUUCUGGCUGUCGCCGAGGAUGUGAAGAACAUUGGAAACAAUCUGUUUAGGGGCCAAGAAUGGAAAGCUGCAGUCGGCAAAUAUACCAAAGCCCUCAGGUACCUGGAGGUGAGUGGGGACCUGCUGGAGGAGGAGGCCCAGCAGAAGCUGGUGCCCACCGCCUUUAGCUGCUUCCUCAACACGGCCGCAUGUAACCUGAAGCUGCAGCUGUGCCAGGACGCCGUUGACAGCUGCAAUGAGGUUCUCGAGCUGAACCCAGCCAACACUAAGGCCCUUUUCCGGAGGGCUCAGGCCUGGCAGGGCUUAAAGGAAAACGGCAACGCCAUGGUUGAUCUGAAGAAAGCUCAGGGAAUCGCUCCAGAAGACAAAGCUAUCAUCAACGAGCUGAAGAGGGUUCAGCUCAAGAUUCAGGAAGAGAAGGAGAAGGAGAAGAAAAUCUAUGCCAAAAUGUUUGCGUGAGCACGCGACGUAUUCUCGUAACGUUUCCCGAUGUUUGAAGUCAUCUCUGCGUGGGAAGCUGCUCCUUGACGACGAGGCCGUAAGCAGGUGACACGUUGAGGCGUUUCAUGUUUUCCUCACUGUUUGUUGUGUUAAGGGAAUAACUGUUGUAAGCUUUGACCUGUCUUAUUGUGACAAGCGCCUCCACUGUAAUGAAUAUGUCGAGCGUUGGUGUGAUGCAUGGCUGACGUCACUGGGCCUCACGAGUAGUUGAGCAAAGCUGUGCCUGUUUUCAUUUGAUACCCUCAGCAACGUGUCUUUUUAUUUUGUUACAGAAGUCAAUAAAACAAAAGAUAACCUUCAA